GUGUCUUUCCGUGGAGACUCGCUGGCCACGGGGUCUCUGGGGAGAGAAGGGGCCGCGCAAGUGGCGACGGCCAGGCUGGGCCGGAAGGGCCUGGGUGAGGCUGCCACCCCAUCCAGGGUCGGAGGGCCCAGGAGGGCCAGCACUGUCCCUUUUCUGACCAAGACGGGUCAGAGCUGGGGGUGCCCGCCAGGCUGGCUGACACCCACACACGGGUGGAGCGUGGUGAUGCUCUGGUGGGUGAGACGUGGGGACAACUGUGGCCCUCGAUGGGCUGCUGAGAGCGCCUAGUGAGGCAGGUGGCCCCGGCUGCCCUCACGGCUCUGGGGACUCCGGCCAGUGCUCAGUGGCCACUGACCGUCCCGUUCCCUGCUCUGCCUUCGUCCCCGUGUGUGAGGGGACCUAUCGGGGCUCUCAGAACAGCGAGGGCUAGAAGCGCACACUCAUGGACUCCGUCUAGUCUAGACCCAGGAGAGCGGCCGAGGCAGGUGGGUGGGAGGCAGCGGGGGAGGUGCUCAGAGCCGCAGGGGCAGGAAGUGAGGUGGGAGCUCAGUGCACAAAGGCCUUCCUGGCCUGUCCCAGACAGAGCUGAGGAGCAGCCUGGCCCACGGCCUUGGUAAGUGCCUGCUCCAGCCUCCAGCCCAGGCAGGUCCUAAGCUCUUGGUGCCCACCGAGGUUGAGGCAUUAGAGGACUAGGGUCUGAGAGGACCAGGCCCUGCCGGGUCGGGUUAGGCAGCUGGGCCUUUUGGGAGAGGAUUCCACUCCCCGUGUCUGGGCAGACUGGCAUCGACCUCCAGAGACCACCCCUCUUACCUCCCAAUUCCUGCCUCCCUGCUGCCAGACGGUGCCAGUUGUGGGUGUCCCUCACUCCCCAAAGCUCUGCCAAGCCCCCAGGAAGGGGACAGAUCCUGUGGCAGGGUAGGAGAGCCGGGGACAAGUGGGAUGGGGGCACUUGGUGCCCACAGCAGCCCCUUCCUGCCUCCCAGCUUCUUGGGGUGCUGGGCUCUGUAGUGAGUGGCUUGGGGGCACCACCUGAGAUAAGGGGGGGCACCCCUGGGCAUGGGUGACCACCGAGGGGCCCUGGGGCUUCCCCAGAUCUUGGGUUUGGUGACCACAGCUGGCCUUAGCACCCAGCUGCCCUGCCCCUCCUCACUGGCCAUGCUCCGUUGCUGUGGUCACCCUCCCCGGCUCCCAUGGGGCCAGGCAGAGCACCCUCCACUCACCUCCCCAGGAGCCCCAGCCAGAGGCGGUAAGGUGGGUGCCUCUGGGAGGGAGGGGCUGUGAGUGUGGGGUUUCCUGUGCUGAGUCAGAGCCCAGGGGGAGGGGCCAGGCUGGUGCCCUCAGCCUGCCCACAGUGCCCCUCUCUCUUCUGCCCCCAGGCCCCUGGCUUCACAGGAUGGGGCUGCAGGUGCCCUCAGCCCCUCCUGCACUCUGGGUCCUAGGGUGCUGCGCCCUGCUCCUCUGGCUGUGGGCGCUGUGCACAGCCUGUGGCAGGAAGCGGGCGCGGAGGCCCUGGGCUGGGCUGCAGGGCAGCAUGUUGCCUGCGGAAGCGGUGAGUGCCUGCCUGCCCCGGGGCCAGGGCGGGGCCGGCUGGGAACCGACCUGCCUGCUUUGCCCCCAGGCACUGCUGAGACCAACGCAGCUUGGCUCCCUCAGCAAGUCGGACACCAGGCUGCACGAGCUGCACUCGGGGCCGCAGGGUGGUAGAGCCCAGCGGCCUGUCAGCAUGGAUCUCCUUCGCCCGCACUGGCCAGAGAUGUCCAGGGCCCUCCCCAGGCUGCAGGCAGCCACCUCUGCCUUCCCACACCGAGAGCUGCCCCAGGGCCCACCUGCUGCCUCACCCGCCAUGGGCCCCAUGGCCACCUAUUCCAACGUGGGGCUGGCCGCCUUCCCCAGGGUUGGCCUGGCAGCCAGUCCUGUGGUCGCUGAGUACGCCUGUGUCCAGAAGCUCAAGGGGACAGAGCAGGGCUCCCGAAAACAGCAGGGGAGGGCCAAGGAGUCUCCAGCUGCUCAGGUGGACAUCCUGUACUCCAGGGUGUGCAAGCCUAAAAGGAGGGACCCAGGACCCACUACAGCCCCGCUGGACCUCGAGGGCAGGGGAGCAAUUCCAGCCCUGGGGGGUGACUCGGCCUAUGAGGCCCUCCCACUCAGGGGCCUGGGUGUGGACAGCGGACCCCUGGAAAACGUGUACGAGAGCAUCCAGGAGAUGGGGGCCCACGCGUGCCCAGAGCCCCCAGCUCUAGCUGUCAGCAUUAGCGGACAUAAGCUGGACACCUGGGCACCCUGUGUCCACCUGCCUCAGCCCAGGGAGAGGCUGGAAACCCCUCCCUGCCCAGAACACUCCAGCGCCCACGUUCUGUCCUCCACAGUGAGGCCCACUCCGCCUCCCCAGCGGACAGCACCAACCCCAGACCUCAGGGCUGCCGGGCUGUGCCGCCCUGGACGAGCGAGCUGCUCUGAUGGCGGGGGCCUCCCGGCCCCGGAGGAGGCCCGCGUCUAAAUAAAUCGCAUCGCAGGGGGUAACACGG